CCACAUGACAAAGCUACAGCGCGUCUGGAAAUCAGGAACGAAGAGCGGGCGUUUUGGGAGAGAAAAAAAAAAACGUCGACAAGAUCAUCUUUACCUGCAACACGUCCGGCUCGGCUCGCUGUCAGGCAACUUCACCGAGCGCACUGCUUCAUUAGUUUGUGAGAUUACUGAGGCGGGAAUCUGCCCCUAACCUCUUUUCCCCUCUCUCCAAGUGAACUUUAUAGGGAUGUUAUAGCAGAGCAUCACUGUGCCGAAUGAUCAGAUAGUGCUCAAGUAACUGUAGGACGGAUUUAAAAGACUUCAACCUCCGGAGAGACGCUGUGCUCUUCUUCUUCUUGUACUUUUUGGCUCGAUUUUGAAACACAAGAGAAACAGAGAAAGACCCGUGUUUGCGUGUGUGUGUGUGCAGGAGAGGGAGAGAGGGAGAGAGAGAGAGAGAGAGAGGGAGAGAGAAGUCGCACAGGUUUUUUUGGAGCUACGCUUUCAUGCCGUCAGUCUUGCGGACUCUGAGAUGGACGUCAGAUUUUAUCCAGCUCCCCCUUCAAGCGUGGGUUCAUGUACGUUACCGACUGACUCCGGUUUGGACUAUUACCAUUCCAACAAGAGUAGAUACGGUGCUGCAGAUCGAGGUGUGAGGCUCUACAGUUCCCUGCCCAUGCGCCCAAACCCUGACGGCAAGAGACUGCCCUCUACUGGGUUUGAUGGUGACAACAUGUACAUGAAUGAAAACAACCAUGAGUUCCUCCCGCCAAACCAGAACUACACAGGUCAGACAGGCGGCGGCGGAGGAGGCAGCGGCGGCGGCGGCGGCGGCACCUCCAGUGGAAACGGGGACGAGGACUACGAGAUCCCCCCCAUCACUCCGCCGAACCACCCCGAGCCUCCUCUCCUUCACCUGAUGGAGCACGACUCUACGGGCUACCUCUGUCACUCGCUGCCACACAAUGGCCUCAUCAACCCGUACUCCUACCCAGAGCUGCCCACACUCAUGAUGUCGAACAUGCUGGCACAGGACAGCCACCUUGUCUCCAGCCAAAUGCCCUCGAUGCAGGAGAUGGCUAUGCACCACCACCACCAACAACAACAACACCAUCACCAGCACCCUGACGGCGCUCAUUAUGACACCGCCGCCCAUAACCACCCCCUGAUAAACAGCUCACCUCCGAUACUGCCCAACCCCAUGAGUGCGCUGUCCCAGCUAAACCCUCAGGUCAGCCGGAGCGCACUGCCUCACGGCUCCCCCUCACCUCCCGGGAGUAAAUCCGCCACACCCUCCCCUUCAAGCUCCAAUCAGGAAGAGGAGACUGAUCCUCAUUCGAAGAUCACGGGUGAGAAGCGACCGUCUUCGGAGAUGAUGAAGCCCAAGCCCAAGCCCCAAAAAAAGAAGAAGAAGAAGGAUCCGAACGAGCCUACGAAGCCUGUCUCAGCCUACGCCUUGUUCUUCAGAGACACCCAGGCAGCCAUUAAAGGACAGAAUCCCAACGCCACUUUUGGAGACGUAUCCAAAAUAGUAGCCUCCAUGUGGGACGGACUGGGAGAGGAGCAGAAACAGAGCUACAAGAGGAAAACAGAGGCUGCUAAGAAGGAGUACCUGAAAGCCCUGGCCGCCUACAGAGCCAGUCUGGUUUCCAAGACAUAUAAUGACCCCGUGGAGACAAAAAGUGCCCAAACAAGCCAGGCUUCUCCACAUAUGAUGCCAGCCAACCCGCCCCUGUACAGCGUGCCACCUCCCCCCCAGCCGUCAUCGCCAUACCUGGGGCCCGGGGCCUUCCCUCUCACCGACCUGCAGAGCUACGCAGGACACGCCCCCCGCCACACCCUGUCGCAGACGCUCAGCCAAUCGCAGAUGCUGCCCAGCAUUAGUGCCUCUCCCCCUUCCUCCUUCCAGAUCAGCCCACCACUCCACCCCCACCAGCAGCUCUCCCUGCACCAGAGCUCGCUCCUCAACCAGCCUAUCCGCAUGCAGCAGGUCCAGUCCCAGCCAAUCAUCUCUCACCAGAUGGGGCUUCAGGCCUCUCUUCACUCCCCACCUCCAGGGCAGCAGGGUUUUUCUCACCUCCAGUCAGAGUACCAGAAGAGCAUUGGGGGCUCCCAGUCUCCAGGAGCCCCUGGUCCAGGCCCCGGAGUGGCUCAGACCCAUGACUGGGACAGUGAAUACUGCAAUCGGGAGUGUGGCAACCACUGCAGUGGCAGCAUGAUAGGCAGGGACAAGCCACUCUACCUCACCUAAAACUGAAGAUCAUACUCUGUCGACAAAUACGACACCGAGGAGUCUACUCUCAUCCCCUUCAUUUCCCUUCACACGCCCUGCUCCUCCAUCCCCAUCGUCUUCUGAUGCACACACUUACAUGCAGUGCACACUUAACAUACAAUCGCAUACAUAAACAUACAAACACACACACAUUCCGCCUCCCAGACACCACCACCUUUUUUUGUCAAUGUAAUUAUUAUUUUUUCUCAGUUCCUAGAAUUUGUGACCAGAGUUUUUUGACUAGAUGACUACUGUCUGUACCACUUAAUGUAUUAGCAGUCCUCUUGCUGUUUGAAUUUGCCAAGCACUUAUAAAGCCUCCCUCCCUCCCUCCCCUCCUCCUGAGCUGUGUGUCUAUGGCCUCUCUGAUGCAGGCUGUGGAGCGCUGCUCUUGUGUGUCACCAUCAAAGUCCCCUCAGGGACCCCAUCCAGCUUUAAUUAGAAUGAGAAGAAAAAAAAUAUUCUUCCUCUUCUUUAAUCACUUUAUUUUUCCUUUUGUGUUUUUUUUUCUCCUCCUUUUUUUGUUGUUUGUUGUUUUAUUUAUUUCUGGCUUGCAAAAAAUUGUUCCUCUAUUUUUUUUUCUUUGCCAAUAAGCGAUGGGCCCUGUACUGUAGAGAAAUAUUAACUUCUAGUAGGUUCAGCGCAGGCCUUGAUGUUAUGGUAGCUUUGCUUAAGGGCCUGCAGAUUAAUACGAAAAGCUUGGGUGGGGAAGAGAAACGAAACAAAAAAAAGAAUCUUUUUUUAAUAUUAAAGACCUGUUGAGGUCUACUGAGCUGUCACAGUGUGAUUGUAAAUAUCACUUUUAUGGGAUCAAAUUGGGAAUUGGAAGUCCAGAUAGAUUUGUUUCUUCUUUAAUAUUACAUGUGCGUCAUUGUGUGUGCGUGUGUUUGAGGGUGUGUGUGUGUGUCUGGACGAUAGAAUGUACCGCAUUCAUGAUGUGUGCAGUUGAGUACGUAUGUGUGUAUGUGCACGGACACACACUUGUGUGCAAGGGUGUCUCAGUGUUGGAGUGUCGAGUCUUUCUCGUGAAUUUUAACAGCCUUGUGCAGCUGGAUUUCAGAGGAGUAUUUCACACUCUCGUUCUUGCAUUAAAUCUGUGCUCACUGGUGUGUUUUUUUCCAAUAAAGUUCAAUCUAAAACUGAAUACACAAUAUGUGUCCUGCAGAUCAUUAAAUGGAAAGAGCCAGGUGAGAGAUAGACAGCAAAGAGAUAGAAAAAGAGAAAGAAACGCUGUGGGAUAAAAUGAGAUGUAAUGUUGCAGGUGGGGAAAAAAAAAUGAUAUUGCCUCAAAAUGCCCGCCCUUCCCUUUUUGUUAUUUUGUCUGACCAUAAUGUCAGUUUUGUCUCCUCAACAUGCAGAAGUGAAGUAAUGAAAUAUGUGAAUGGAGCCAUCACAUCCACAUUACAGUGAUUCUUAUGAGUUUCUAGUUGGUGUUUGGUUGUGUUGAUCUCAUCUUUUUAACUUUUGUGUGAUUAACAGAAAUGCAUUUUGCUGACAAAGACAUCUCGUUUUUAUCUCUUACGUGUAGCAUAAUUUCAGUUUUAGUUGCUGCAAAACUAUAACAUUUUAAAUUGUGUAAAAAAAAAAACAAACAAAAAAAACCUGCCAACUGUAGUUAUUUUAUUUGUAAAGCCAGUAAUGAUAAAUAUUUUAAAUGGUUAUCAGUAUAUUGUUUUUCUGCUAGUUACCCAUCAGCCAUUUGACAGGGUUUUUUUUCUUAUUUAUGAAAGAAAUUAGAUCACUUUUGCUUCUUACAAUGGAGGUGUAUUUUUAUUCUUAUUUUAUUGUUUCUUUGCUUUGGUUUGAUAAAAAUGAUGAUGACCACAACAAUGAUUAUUUCUUUAUUUUAUACAUUUGGGAUGCUGCUCCUUUUCUUUCCUUGCCAGCAGCAUCAGUUUGUGUCACAAUGCUUCUUUUAUUUCAAACCUGCAUAAUAAAGAAAAAAAAGUUUAAAAGUG